UGGCACAUGAGCACUGAGUAGCUGUCACUGCUAAGAGUAAGGUACUGAAAACGAAACCUAAUCACUUAUUGACUGACAUUAACCUCUGUGGGGCGUCAGUAACACGAAACGCUAUCCCCCUCGGUGUUUCCCCGGCAUGGCACUGCAAAUAUCAGCUCUAUUUUCACAUUUGAGAGCCCUCCCGUGCAUCCCUGGCCCUCUGUUCCGUGUCCAGAGAACCGGUGUCAGGUUCAAAUACAUCCUAUGUCCCGGAGCCCCCCAGCCGGGAAGGACACCAGCAACAGGUCUCAUCCGCGGCCAUAUUAACGCUGAACACCGAGCGAAGUUUUCAACAACAGCAGCAGCAGCAUUUUGGAAGUCCAGCCCGGUGAGCAGUCCCUCCACACACCGCAGGAGGACAGGCUGGCUGGGCAGAGUUGCCCUCGGUGCCGCCCUCGGAGUGAGCACAGCCGCCCUAGUUCAGUGUCUCCACACCGGGACACUGGCCGCCAUGGCCCGCAAAGUUAACCUGAACUCCGCUGAGGGAGACUGGAAGGAGACCAAGGAUUUCCUGCUGUCUCUGUCUGUGAAGGACAGAUGUCAGUACUACAGGACAUCCAAGUCUGUGCCGCUUGAUGAGAUCCCACUGUGGAGUCCCACUGCAGGUGGUUCCCAGCAAAGUCGCUACCCCAGGGAUGAGAAGUUGGACCAGAAAAUUUCCCUUUACAGCGGUGACAUAACUAUGCUGGAGAUUGAUGCCAUUGUGAAUGCAGCCAACAAGACUUUACUUGGCGGAGGCGGAGUGGACGGAGCGAUCCACCGAGCUGCAGGCCCCCUGCUGAAAAAGGAGUGUGCCUCCCUGCAUGGCUGCGAGACUGGACAGGCGAAGAUUACCUGUGGUUAUGGCCUUCCAGCAAAGUUUGUCAUCCACACUGUGGGCCCGAUAGCACAAGGAGGAGUUGGAGAAGACGAGAGGAAGGCUCUGAGGUCAUGCUACAGGAACAGCCUGAAAACAGCAACUGAAAACGCUGCACGCUCUGUGGCUUUCCCUUGUAUCUCCACUGGAAUCUACGGAUAUCCACCUGAGCAGGCAGUGCACGAAGCGUUAGCAACUGUGAGGGAUUAUCUGGAUGAACAUCAUGACAAGUUGGACAGAGUCAUCUUCUGUGUGUUCCUGCCAACGGAUAAGGAGCUGUAUCUGCAGAACCUCCCGCUCUACUUCCCUGCUGCCUGAUGACCAGUGACAGCAGCGUAUUGUUCAGCUCCCACAGAAGCCACUGUCAAGAGUAAACUGUGAGAGAGUGGAUUUGUCAGAUUUGGUUGCUGUGGAUACACACGACUACCCUCAACAUCCAGUUUCCUCCUCCUCGCUGUCGACGUAGAUCAAGACCUUCCUCAGCAGGAAGAUAUCUCCUAAAUGGAUGAUUGCUUUUUUGAAGUGCACACUGCCUGUUCUGCAGAUGUUGAUUAGUUUCUAUGUUUUUCCCACUAAUGACUCAAGAUAAGAGGGUUUUUUUUGAUGAAGCACCCUCAGCAUGGAUUGAUAAUUUUUCUGAAAAUUUGUUUGUCACUGCAUUAUGAGGGUGUUUUCAUACCUAUACUCUGUUCGAGGAUAAUUUGAUUGUCUGAUUUUGACAGUUUUAUCCUAUUUUGGUUUCUUAUCACACAGAAAAACCCCACAAAAUGAAAUGCAUCAUCAUGACCAUGUAAGAAUUUUACUCGGACAGAAUUUUGCGUCUGUCGUGUCAGCAAAGAAAGUCCUGAACAAGGUUGACUCUGCAGAAAUUGACCUAUAUAUCAAGAAUGCAUCUUACUUAGUUGCUAGUUCCUGGUCAGACAUUCAUUCAUUCUCCACCUGACUUCUAGCAGGUGUUUUAUUCUGUUCAUACAUAUCCCAGUGUGUAAAACACACCUGCCAAUGGGAGCUGUUUCGCCCGAACACCAUGUAUCUCGCUCAGUUCAGUCUUGGAUCACUUUCCCAACAGUCAAACCACUCCCCUCUUCAUUUGGGACUGGGCCAAAACCAUUUCUUCCAAAUGGUCUCAGUGCGCCCAUAUUGGUCUGCACCUGAUUCUGAUUGCUUUGUUUAUUUCUCUGCAGACAAACUGUGAAAGAGCACAGUCCGACUCGACCAGACUAAACAGUUUAGGUCUGAAAAGCCCUUCAUGUGAACCUUAUUGUAUGUCUUCCCCGUUAGCUUUGCUCUCAGUGAAUUAUGUGCUCCAUGUGCUAUUUGAAUAUUGGGAUUCCUGUGUGUGUGCAUGUAUAUGAGACAAUGACAAAAGCUUAUUAAAACUAAUCACACAGGC